UAUUUAGCUAGAAAACCGUACAAACCCACCGCCGGAAAAUAAUAUUUCUCCACAGCAGUAGAUGGCAGUAAAGUUCCUUGUAUCCAAUGUGCUAUUCUCUAGAGAUAUCCAGCAAAGAGAAACAAAGUUGCGCUUUCUGUUGUGGAUUUUGAGAGGAGCCACAAUUUACUUGUCAGCGACACCAUCUGUCGUUUCGCUUUUAAUUUACAAUAAGGAUAGCGUUUUUAAGCAGUGUUUACUGUUCUUUUGAAUGCAGGUCUAUGCAAAUUCGAUACGCUGUUUUUACUCCAAUUCUUUGCAGAACCCAACGUUUUAACUGCGCAAUAAAUAAUACGCGUUUGCAGAUGCUGUUUACCCAAACGGUGCCUGGUGCAAUAUAUUUGCUGGCUACGGUUUCCCCUCGACUUGACAGAUACAUAACACUAGUUAAAGCUUCUUCCUAGAAACAUGACCCUCAGUGGAUCAACUUUGCAGUAUAUCAAUAGUGAGGCAUAAUCCUACAAGAUGUCUAUGGAACUGGAUGUGUUUGUGGGGAACACAACUAUCAUGGAUAUGGAAGUCUAUCAGCUUUGGUUGGACGGUCUCACCGUGAGUGAUGCAGUAAAGGUGCGGAUGGAUGAGGGGGCAUUAUUGGAGUGUGAGGCAAAUCCAGAGGUGCUGACCAGCGAUACCAUGGACCAGUUUAGAACCUUCCAGAUGUGUGAGCGUCUUUUACACUCCCCCACUAAAUUGGGCAGUCAGCUGCUGUAUCAGAUCCCGGCCCAGAACCAGAUAAUUCUCAUUGAAAGGUACUAUGAAUUUGACAGUGUGUUUGCCAGAGAGGUGCUGGGGAAAAAGCUCUCCAAAGGGACCAAAAAGGACUUGGAUGACAUCAGCUGUAAAACAGGGAUCACACUGAAGAGCUGCAGGAGACAGUUUGACAAUUUCAAGCGGGUGUUCAAAGUGGUGGAGGAGCUCAAGGGCCCACUAGUGGAGAACAUACAGCGUCACUUCUUGCUCUCCGACACACUGGCAAGGGACUAUGCUGCCAUUGUGUUUUUUGCAAACAGCCGCUUUGAGACAGGAAAGAGGAAGCUACAGUACCUCUCAUUCCAAGACUUUGCCUUCUGUGCAGGCCAGCUCAUCAGUUACUGGACAAUAGGAGCAAUGGAUAGCAUGAUGGAGGAUAUGGAUGUUGACCUGGAGAAAGAGUUUCUGAAUGAACUGAAAGAUCUCAAGGUUUUGGUUAAUGACAAAGACAUGAUGGACCAACAUAAAAUCCUGGUGUGUGCUGCUCUGCGGGGAAAGAUCAAAGUCUACAAGUUGAUGGAGGUUAACUUCAAAAAUCUUUCUAGAGCCCUGAUAAACCUUGCAUCUAAACUUACACAUACCAAAGAUGUCAGAGAUUUAUUCAUCGACCUUGUGGAGAAGUUCAUAGAGCCAUGUCGAUAUGAUAGAUGGACAGUGGCAGAGAUCACACUCUUCCUCACUCACUACACCAAUGCCGCUCACUGUCUUGGCACGUUCAGGCACCAGAUGAUUUGGGACAGAUACAUGGGUGUCAUCAAAAGCUGUAUCCUCCAAAUGUACCAUGAAUAGGUAGAUCCCUGGUCUGGACCUCCUCUCCUGAUUGAGCUGUAUCACAGGAGGCUGCUGAGGGGAGGAUGGCUCAUAAUAAUGGCUGGAAUGGAGUGAAUGGAAUCAAACACGUGGAAACCAUUUAUUUGAUGUGUUCAAUACCAAUCCAUUUAUUCCGUUCCAGCCAUUACUAAUAGCCUAUCCUCCCCAAUUAAGGUUCUACCGGCCGCCUGUGAUCUGUAUUGAUCUUACUGUGAAUCUGUCUUCCCUCUGGCAUUUAUUCGUAACUACCUCAGCCCAGUGCAGUCCACUUCUCCACCUCUCCCUGAUCAAAGUGAACUAUCUGUCUCCAUCUCCUUCUAUCUCUUCAGUCAGUCCCCCUGUAAAUAUACUGAAUGAACUGAAUACUUUUCUGAUAUGUAAAUUGUGACUUAAAUGAAGUAAAAAUAUUUGUUUUAGAAAGAUA